CCGGGAAGUCCGGGUAUGUUGGACGAACGCGGACGAGGUCUCGUCGGAUCGCAUCACCGAUCUCGUAGCGCCAGCAGACCAGUGCUAGCUCAUCCGAUGACGGUACGUUACCAAUCGCUGGACCGCGGCGGCGGUCUCAUGUCGGACCACGAAAGGGAAUUUUUGCCCAUUCGCGAGCCCCGAGACCGCUCGCUGGAGCGAUCCACCGCAAGAGAUCGUUCGUUGGAGCGCGGACUCUAUUUAGAAGAGGAACUAUACGGGGCAAAUUCGCGGUCCGCUCGGCAGUCGCCUAAUCAUGGCUUGCUAUCAGGUGGACGCGAAAGUGGCGUUUUCCUUGGUGAAUUACAACAUCAGAAUAGUGAUUUACAACGUGAACUCGGUAACCUUAAAAAAGAACUCGAACUUACUAAUCAAAAACUUGGAUCUAGUAUGCACAGCAUUAAGACUUUUUGGUCACCUGAACUUAAAAAAGAACGUGCUUUACGUAAAGAGGAAUCGGCCAAAUACAGCCUUAUUAAUGAUCAACUUAAAUUACUUAAUAGCGAAAAUCAGAAACAAGCAAUGUUGGUGCGACAAUUGGAGGAAGAAUUACGAAUACGAAUGCGUGCACCUUCGUUGGAAAUGCAACAGCAGCUGGAGAUGCUCUUUUCAGAAAACGAACAUUUGACGAGAGAAGUCGCCAUACUCAGGGAUACGAUUAAGGAAUUAGAACUUCGUAUAGAAACCCAAAAACAAACUUUACAAGCAAGAGACGAAAGUAUCAAGAAAUUGUUAGAAAUGUUACAAAAUAAAGGAAUGGGUAAAGAAGAAGAAAGACAGAUGUUCCAGCAAAUGCAAGCAAUGGCACAGAAACAGUUGGACGAAUUCCGAGUCGAAAUUCAAAGAAGAGACCAAGAAAUUCUUGGAAUGGCUGCCAAAAUGAAAACUUUGGAGGAGCAGCAUCAGGAUUAUCAAAGACAUAUCGCAGUUCUGAAAGAGUCCCUGUGUGCCAAGGAAGAACACUAUAACAUGCUGCAAUCGGACGUUGAAGAACUGCGUCAGAGAUUAGAAGAAAAAAACCGUCUAAUCGAUAAGAAAACGCAAAACGCUCUCCAAGCAGCGCAAGACAGAAAUAGAGUUAAUAACGAACUCACCGAACUUAAGGAUCACAUGGACAUCAAGGACAGAAAAAUUAAUGUCCUUCAGAGAAAGAUUGAGAAUCUCGAAGACCUAUUAAAAGAGAAGGACAAUCAGGUCGACAUGGCUCGAGCCCGUCUUACAGCCAUGCAGGCCCAUCACUGUUCGUCCGAAGGAGCUCUAUCAAGUUUAGAGGAAGCGAUCGGGGACAAAGAAAAACAGAUGACUCAAUUGCGUGAGCAGCGCGAUCGCGCCGAGCAGGAAAAGGCCGAGGAGAGAGAAUUGCACGAACGCGAAAUUGCUGAAUACAAAAUGAAGCUGCACGCCUUGGACAGCGAAGUCGAAAAACUGGGCGCAAGGUUAGAACGGGCACAAGUGGAAAAAGAUCGACUGGAAAGUAAACUAGAAUGCUCGCAAUCGGAACUUGGAAAAUCCAAGGCGGAACUUGACAAAGCAGCAACAGAAGUAGGAAGAAGUGGCGCCGAUUGGGAAGCAGCAAAACAACGUCUCACGAGAUUAGAAUUGGAAAACGAACGUCUGCGACAUGAUUUAGAAAGAUCGCAAACGACAUUCGGCAGAAGUACGUUGACCACGUCUCAGGAACUCGAUCGAAUACAAGAACGAGCUGAUAAAUCGGCAGCUGAAUUGAGACGUGCUCAAGCCGAAUUAAGAGUGACUCAAGCGGAUGCUGAAAGAGCUCGCAGUGAAGCGGCUUCCUUGCAAGAAAAACUGGAGAAGUCUCAGGGAGAAGUAUACAGACUGAAGGCACGACUCGAAAAUACUCAAGGCGAACAGGAAAGUUUACGACAAGAAUACGAAAGAGCUACUACUAACAUCGCCCGAUUGCAUUCCGAAAGAGACAAGGUAGCCGGAGAAUUGGAAAAAUCAAGAGAGGAAUUGGAAAGGACACAAGCGACAUUAGGAAAAGCUCAAUUGCAACAAGAUAAAUUACAAAAUGCACUGGAUAAAGUACAAAGCGACAUGGACAAGCAACAAGAACGUAUGGAUAAAACUUUGGGCGAAAUGAGACGGAUGCAAUUGGAAAAGGAGAAGCAGAAUUACGAUUUCGAAAACUUGCAGUCACAACUAGAUAAAGCUUUAGGACAAGCGACAAGAAUGCAAAAGGAACGGGAAACUUCUCAAUUGGAAUUAGAUAGAUUGCGUGACAAAUAUGAAAAGGCGCAGAAUCUAGCUACCCGUCUUCAAAAAGAACGAGACGCCUUCCAGGAAGAAUUGGAGAAGAUGAAGGAGAGGAUCGAAUUCCAGCAAUCGCAAUUCCUGAAGAGUCAGAGAGAUCGAGAAGGCAUGCAGACAGAAUUAGAAGUCAUCAAAGAUAGAUGGGACAAAGCACACACGCAACUACAAAAACUUCAGUUGGAAAGAGAUGAUGCUCAAACAGAAAUUGAUAUUUUGAAAGAAAAACUUGACAAAGCCCUAUACGCUUCUCAAAAAACUUUAGAUGAAAAAGAAAACGCUAAUAAAGAAUUCGAGAAGAUGUUGGAGAAAUAUGAUAGAUCUCAAAACGAGGUGUACCGUCUCCAAAACCGCAUAGAGGUUUUAGAAGCCGAUAAAGGACGUUUAGAAUUAGAAGUAGAGAAACAAACACAUAUCGCUGUAAAAUGUAAAGAAGAAAUGAGAAAAGUUCAAGACGAAGCUACUCGCAUACAAGAAGCUUAUGAUCGUGCCGCAUUACAACUAGGACGAACAAAAGAACUCGAAGAAAAAUCUAAAGAAGAUAUUGACAGAUUAUCGGUAGAUAUAGAAAUGGUUCGAGAACGCUACGAUAAAUCUCAAAUAGAACUCCGUCGCGUACAAACUGAACGAGAAAACUUACAAACGGACACAGAAAGAAUGUCCUUCGAAUUAGAACGAGCUCAUUCUCAAUGCGCCAAAGCCCAAGCGGCAAACGAGAAAAGUCAAGAGGAGAUAGCCCGUAUGCAAAUCGAGCUGGAGAAAAUGUACGAUAAACAUGACAAAUCACAAGCCGAACUCAGAAGAGUGCAAUCAGAUCUGGAGCGACAGAGAUCCGAACUUGAGACUGCCAGAGAGGAAGCCGAUCGUUACGCAAGCAGGUUUGGUAAAUACCAAGAUACUCAUGAAAGAAGCAAGGAAGAAUAUGACAGAAUGAAAUCAGAAAUGGAAAGAUUGCGAGAUCGACUAGACAAAACGAUGUUGGAAUUAGAGAGAUCCAGAAAGAACGAAGCUGAAGCGACAAGGUUAGAAGGUCUCAGGGGCAAAUAUCAAUUCGAGCACGAAAAAUGGACAAACGAAACCGAGAAAUUGCGUGAAAGAUUAGAAGCAAGUCAGCAAGAAGUUGUACGUGCACAAACUAGUGCGGAGCAGUUUGAAAGCCGUUUGCAUGAGGUUACUAUGCAAUUGGACAUAACUAAAGCAGAAGUUAAUAAAUUGUCAGGAGCUCAGGACAAACAGCGUGCCGAAUUAGAAAGGGCACAUAUCGAAUGUGAAAAGGUUAGAGAUAGACAUGAGAAAUUAAUGUUGCAAUCUGAGAAAUUAGAGAAAGAAAACGAAAGGUUAAAGAUUGAAUUAGAAAGAUACAAAGGACAAGGUGAUAAAACGAGAGCAGAAGAACGUAUGGAAACCGAAAGAUUGCGAGAUCGUUUGGAAAAGGCAAUUCAAGCACGCGAUGCUACUGAAUUAGAAGCCGGGCGUUUAGCAAAGGAACUUGAAAAAUCGCAAAUGCAUCUGGCUAAAUAUCAAGAAAGUAACGAAGCAGCUAGAAUAGAAUUCGAUCGCAUGUCCACAGAGUUAACACGAAUGCACGAAAAAUUGGAGCGUGCACAAUUAGAUGUAAGACAAUUAGAACAAGAGCGCGAAAUGUUGCGAGUAGAAAUACAAUCGCGUCAUCAACAAAGAAAUCAAGAAGGUGUCGCCAAAUUGCAACAAGAAUUAGCACAGUCAAUGCGAGAUCGAGAAAAGAUAGCUGCCAUGUUAGAAAAGAGAGACAUUCAAGCUGAUGAAAUCGAGAAAAAGAUAGUCAAAUUUGAAGCUGAUGCAAAACAACUCACAUUGGAACGAGAUCAACUUGUCGCACAGUUGGAAAAAUCACAAGAUAUGCUUAUGAACUUCCAACAAGAAUUAACGCAUUCUGAAGCAGAACUACAACGCCAAAGAGAAGAAGUGAGAAGAUUGAGAGAAGAUCAACGUAGAACCGGUAACGAUAAAGAAGCAGCGGCAAAUAGAGAAAUCAGUAAGUUACAACAACAAAGCGCGGCUCUUCAGAAAGAAAGAGAUGCGCUAAAACAACGAGCAGAACAAGCAGAAAAAGCAUCUGGAGAACUUCAAAAACGCGUACAAGUGAUGGAAAAACAAUUACAAACCCAACAACAACAACUUCAGCAGCAAUUGGUGCAGAUGGCGCAGUAUCAAAAAUCAGGAGGCAUUCAACAAGAUAACAAAGAAGAGCAGAGGUUGCGCAAAGAAUUAGAAAAAGCACAAACAGAAGCUAAAAACGCUGCUGUGGAAAGAGAACGAUUCCAAUCGCAACUGGAAAUGUUGGUACAGGAACUUGAAAAAUCACAGUUGGAUCUACACGAAGCAAAUAAGAAACUACAAUCGAGUCAAAGUAAUUCCCAUGACAACACCGGCGCUAUGAGGAAACAACUUGAAGACGAAAAGAAGAAUAUUGAAGAUAUGAAGAAACACUUGGACGAACAAAGGAAAAACUUUGACAGCAAACGUAAAGAAGUAGAAGAGAAAGAAAAGGAGUUGAAUGAGCUAGAUCGUCAACUAAAGAAACGCAAGGAGCAAAUGGACCAAUUAGAGGCUUCCUUGAAAAAGGCUGGUGGUGGAGCAGCGGCCGCGGGAGAAUUAAAUAAAAAAUUAGUUGAAGCACAAAAGAAUCUCGAGGCAAACCAGCAGCAACUUGAUAAGGCAAAAGAAGAGGCACAGCAUUCUGCUGCGGAGUUAGAACGGCUACUGCAACUCGUUCAGAUGAGUCAAGAGGAACAAAAUAGCAAGGAGAAGACGAUUAUGGAACUGCAACAGGCCUUAAAGAAUGCACAAGCUAAAUUAAGAAGUCAGCAACAAGCCCAUGCACAACAAUUAGAAGAACUGAGGAAAAAAGAUGAGGCGGGACCAGCAGGUUUCUUAAAGAGUUUCUUCUAA